CAAGAUAACAGUUUUAUACUCCACACUACACUACAUUUCUAGUUAAUUCCAUUUAUUUUUCUCUCCGUCAUUCUUCGUUUGCCUUCGAUCUUUCUUCUUCUUCCCAUGUUUUCUUGCCCAAAAUGUUGGCCUCUCCAAUUUCAGCCCACACUCUCAAUCACUCCCACGAAGCUUUUCCCUGUUGUUGGCGCUAUGGGAAUUCCGCCUAAACCCACACACCCAUCGCUCUUCCUCUAUCGUCUUCGUUUCACCUCAGAUUCUCUCUCGAAACGCCUUAUUUUCGGGAGGGUUAGCAGUGAUGGUGGUGGUGGUGCUGUUGAUUCUUCACAGCACCAAUCGGCAACUCCUGGCAUCAAAGAUGUACAGAAUGAUUCUUCUAGUAUUGGAGACAGUUAUGUGGCAUUAUUUGUGAGGAUGCUCGGCUUAGAUAAUGAUCCUCUUGAUAGAGAACAAGCAAUCAUAGCUUUAUGGAAAUAUUCUCUUGGAGGGAAGAAACACAUAGAUGCCAUCAUGCAGUUUCCUGGAUGCAUAAAUCUAGCAGUAAAUCUUCUUAGGUCAGAGUCAGUCUCUACGCGUGAAGCAGCUGCUGGCCUUCUACGGUCAAUUUCUCUGGUGAACUUAUACCGAGAAUCAGUUGCAGAAAGUGGAGCAAUUGAAGAGAUAACUGGCUUGCUUUGUCAACCGUCCUUGACUCCCGAGGUGAAGGAGCAAAGCAUCUGUGUCUUGUGGAAUUUGUCAGUAGAUGAAAAACUCAGAAUUAAGAUUGCGAACACUGAUAUUCUGCCAUUGCUUAGUAAGAAUCUUGAUGAUGAGGACAUGAAGGUGAAGGAAGCAGCUGGAGGGGUUUUAGCAAAUCUGGCUUUGAGCGCUUGUAACCACGGGGUUAUUGUCGAAUCAGGCUUAAUUCCUAAACUGGCGUAUCAGUUGAAAGCUGAGGCAGACAGCUCAAAAAUUCUGAGAAAGGAAGCAAGAAAUGCAUUGCUUGAACUUUGUAAAGAUGAAUAUUAUAGAAUUCUUGUCAUAGAGGAAGGACUGGUUCCAGUACCAAUUCUUGGUCCUGCUGCUUAUAAAUCCUUCAGACCAGGCCUGCAUUCAUGGCCCAGUUUGCCCGAUGGCACAGAAAUUGAACAAUCUUCCAAAGAACCUUCAAGAUUUGGUGCCUCUGAAUUACUCCUUGGGUUAAAUGUUGAUAAUAAUGCAAACAUAGAAGAAGGCAAGAUAAAUGCAAUCGUUGGCCGGACUCAGCAACAGUUUCUGGCUCGAAUUGGUGCCAUAGAAUCUGAAGAUAUGAAGGAUUCUCAAUCUGAAUCAUCUUCCAGUAACCAUCUUACACUCUUACCUUGGAUAGAUGGUGUUGCUCGACUAGUUUUGAUCCUUGAACUUGAGGACGAUAAUGCUGUAGUGAGAGCUGCUGAGUCAAUCACUGACGCAUCUAUCAAUGAACACAUGCGUAUUUCAUUCAAGGAAGCUGGAGCGAUCAAACAUUUAGUAAAGUUUUUAGAUUAUAUGAAUGAUUCUGUCAAAUGGGCUGCAGUUCAAGCUCUAGAGAGACUGUCAAUUAGUAAUGUGGUUUGCCAGGCAAUUGAAAAUGAAGGUGCACUUGGUCCUUUGCUCAGUAUUUUGAAGCUCUCAAGUAUCCCCGAAAAUGUGAUGGAGAAGACCCUCAAUAUACUUUCUCGGUUCUUGGACCCUAGUAAAGAAAUGAAGUCAAAGUUUUACAGUGGACCGGUAAACGGAUCUCAAGGGGUACAACAUUCAGAAGGAAAUUUUGAAGCUUCUAUCAGGAAAGAUGCGCUGGAUGCUGGUGUUGUUUCUCGCCUUGUUGAGAUUUUGAACACCUCAUCCCCAAACUUGAAACGGAAAGCCGCUUCUAUCCUGGAAUUUGUUUCUAUCAUGGACCCAAGCAUGGAAUUAAUCGAUCCUGUGGAGAUAGAGUUGGGAUUGUCGGCUGUUUUCCAGCUUGGAGUUUCAAUAGAUUCUGAUGCUGAAGUUUGGCAGCCAGAAAGAUAUGCCCUUGAAGUUGAAGAAGCUGGUCUUGCAAUUUCAGCAGCCUCCCGACUAUUAACAAAGCUUCUAGACUCUGAAAAGUUCAGCAACAAAAUAAACUCCACCCAUUUCACUAAAUUGCUUCGUAGAAUCCUUAAGUCGGACAUUCCCAUCAACCACAAAGAUUGGAUUGCUGCUUGCCUAAUCAGAGUCAGCUCCAUCUCGACGCUGAACCCAGAUUCCGGAGAUCCUAUCAACAUGGAGGUCACUCUAUACGAAACAAUACCAAGACUUAUUGAACAGAUUAAAAGCUCCUUCUCAUUGGAAGUUCAGGAAUCUGCUGUCGUGGAGCUGAAUAGAAUAGUCUCAGAAGGAGUGGUCGAUGCUACCCGAGCUGUUGCUUUGAAAGGCGGUAUCUUUCCAUUAGUAAAGCUGAUCGAUGAAGGAAGUGAGAGGGCAAUAGAAGCAGCCUUAGCUAUACUUUAUAAUCUGAGCAUGGACAGUGAAAAUCAUCCAGCAAUCAUAGCUGCUGGAGCUGUGCCAGCAUUGAGGAGAAUUGUUCUAUCACAACGUGUGCAGUGGCGACAAGCUCUUUAUUUGUUGAGGACGUUGCCAACAUGAAAAAAGGUACGCAAAAAGAAGCAUACGGAACAGAAUUAUAGUGGAUAAUUCAAAUUUUUGUAGUUUUUGUACCAAUAUCAGUCACUUCAACUUAAACAAUGUGAAACUGAAUAGAGCAGUGAGCUUUAGAAUGUUGUACAACAUGACAUUUCUUAUUUGAUCUGAAUUGUUCAUGUUUAUCCAGAAAAUUCUGGAAUUAGGUAA